CCCGCCUACUGUGGGCGGAGCCAAAGCCCGUGAACCCCGCCCCCUCAGACACCCAAUGGGGGCAGAGGAAGCUCCCUGCGACUUGAGACUCGGAGCCUCCUCGCCACGUGUCGAGAGUUCAAUGUCGCAGUGAAAUUCACUGACGAGGCGACUGUCUCUGGUCUUGGUGUGCUCCUUUGACUGUCGGUGUUUUGCCGUCUUGCCCAAGCUUGGAUAUGGUGUUGACAAAUCUACAGGAAGGUUCCGAGGAGGAGCGCCGCGUGGUGGUGUAAGCACUCAGCCUGCUGAAGCGCGGGAGUGCAGAGAGGCGAACCCACGAGGUGGAGACAGGAGGGCCAGGGUCCUCCUGGGGGAACAAAGCGAGCGGCGUCCUGGCGGGGUCGAGAGGGCAGGAGACGCAGCGGAUAUUGGCAGGGCUCUGGAUAGCGGCGCGUGCUGGUGUGCGAGCCCCCGAGCGCGUACCUGCACCUGGCCGUGGACCACUUCGCACUCGUGCUGGUGGCGUGUGCGCCGGUGCUCGACAUGGCGCCGAGAUUGCACGUGACCCGUGUGCGCUCCCCACGCUUGCACGUGAUGGAGGGGACCCACGUGGGUCGCGAUCUCUUCUCCGAGCUCUGCUUCACGAACCCCGUGGCACGCCCCCUGCACCGCGUGCGCGUCCGCGUGGAGGGAGCCGGCGUGCACACGCCGAGCAACAUACUCGUCGGCAACGUGGAGGGGCACGGCUGCACGCGCGUGCCCGUGGUUCCCAAGCGCCGCGGGGAGCUCACGCUGAUCGCGAGCCUCGACUGCACGGAGCUGCCGCAGGUGCACGGGGGAGCCACCUUCCAGUGCGAGCCCUGAGACUUCAGCAUCACCACCAUCAUCAACAUCAUGAGUCAACCACCAUCAUCAGCAUCGAGAGUGGUACCACCAUGAUCGUGAUCGAGUGAACUAUCAUGAACGUGUUCAUCAUCAUCAUUAUCAUCAAGGUUGCACUCAUGACACACAAAGUGCUUGCCACAAAUAUAUCACAAAUUCCUUGCUGAUCUCGUCAAGGAGCGUACACCAUCACGAGAACGCCGCUCAUCCUCGCAGUGGCUUUUGGAUAGCCAUCAAACAAAGACGGUCACUGCAUCGCGCACUUUCAGAUCCGCUUGUGUGGCCGUCUGGAGCACUCUUUAUUCCGAUAUCAGGAAGCCGCUGAAGCUCUUCACUGUUAAAUGUAGAUUGAACACUCAUUUAGAAAUGCGUUUUGUGUUUAGUUUGUUGUCCUUCCCCGCACCUCCGACUCGCGCAGUUGGCUGCGCACGUUGCGAAAGAAGUUCAACGUACAUUUCAACCACCAGGAUCGUGUUCAUCAUCAUAAGAUGAUCGUUAUCAGAAUCAUCAAAUUGAAUGGGGACCAAAAAUCGUGACGGGGUGUGGGGGGUGGAGAAUAAUCAUUACAGAGCCGAUGUUAUGCACAGACUUCAGGCGCGAUAGACAAGAACGCUACCGCCGUGAUGUCACUGGAAUGCGGUUACUCAUGAAGAAGGGGAAUGACAUUUGUUGAUGUCGCCAGUGGCGUUUAUUUAACCACGCGCAUCGCCAUCGCUUCCUUCUUCCAGUUCCUGCAGUUGUUGGAGACGACACCGCACCUUCGAGGUCUUUUGAUGGUAACAGUCUGGCUCAAGGUCUUCCAAUUGAUCCUAUUAUAUAUAGAUUUAUAUUUUGGCUUAUUACAAAGUGCUUUACAACAAUUAUAACAUAAGAUGAUGGGUUAAUAAAGGGGCUGUUGUAGUUAUGGUAGGACAGGUGUGAGUGGUUAAGAAGGGGUAGCUACAGGAGUUAAUAUAGGGGUUGGGGUAGUGAUAGGGGUUGGGUUAGUUAUAGGUGUUGGGGUAAUUUAUUAUUUUAUAUUAAUGGUAUCGUUCAGUUACGUUCACUUUGGCAUGUAAGCUGAAGGAUUUUGCUUCUUCUUCAGUCAUUUUCAAAUUAAAUUUCCUAACAAGGUAAUUGUUCCAAUGCGACUAUGAAGACCUCGUACUUGCCAGCAUGAUACCGAAUUUAAUAAUAAUACAGUAAUGUAUUGUAUUAAUAUCGAUUUAAGUUUACUCAUUCUGAAGUAGGCCAUCCAGUCAAAACGUCGAGACAUUAUCAGGGACGGAAUAAAGUGAUGUAUUUAC